AAAUAAAAAAUACAAACAUUUUUACAUUAAAUUGGGUAGGAAAAUAGAUAUUACGGACGAGUAUAAAGCCAGACGAAAUUUGUUCCUUCUCCCGUAUUUCUGGGUUUUCCAUUUCUCACAUAUUUGAGCACUAAAAAUUUUAGAGAUACAGGCAACUUUUUUUUUUUUAUUUUGUUGCUUAUAUAUAUAAAUAUAUAGAAUAUAUAUACACGGAUAGAGACUCGGGAAAAAGGGGGAGGAUGCAGAUCACGGCGUUGUUGGUGUUAAAAUGCAGCCCGGAGGGUUCGGAUCCGGUGAUUUUGGCCAACGCAUCGGAUGUCUCCCGCUUCGGGUUCUUCCAGCGCCCCAGCGUUAAAGAGUUCAUUGUCUUUGUGGCUCGGACAGUCGCUAAGCGGACCCCACCCGGCGAACGCCAGUCGGUGCAGCACGAAGAGUACAAGGUACAUGCAUACAACCAAAAUGGCUUAUGUGUAUUGGGUUUAAUGGAUGACCAUUACCCAGUUCGAAGUGCAUUUUCAUUGCUCAACCAGGUUCUGGAUGAAUACCAAAAGAAUUUCGGCGAUUCCUGGAAAACUGUGCAAGCUGAUAAGACUGAAGCAUGGCCCUAUUUAAAUGAUGCUCUAACUAAAUUUCAGGACCCUGCUGAAGCUGAUAAGCUGUUAAAAAUUCAGAGGGAACUGGAUGAAACCAAAAUUAUUCUUCAUAAAACGAUCGACAGUGUCCUGGCUCGAGGUGAGAAGCUGGAUAGCUUGGUCGAUAAGAGUUCAGAUCUUAGUGCUGCUUCUCAGUUUGGUGACGCUGACGCUUGAAUUUCCUUGGUGCUGUUGAAACAGAUGUUCUACAAACAAGCAAAGAAAACCAAUCAAUGUUGUACCAUUUUGUAAAUGAUUUUGGAGACAGAAAGGGGAUUGGUAAUACUUUUCUCUACUAUGGAAUCUAUGGUUUGCAGAUAAUUUUGGGGAAUUAACAAUGUUUCUAUUAUAUUCAUAAGCAAGCUUUGUAUUUACAUGAGUUAUGAUCGUACUUAUGAUGUGAUGCAUAAGAUCUUAUUUUGUUUU